AUCCAACCUGCCUGAGUACAGAAAUGCGGUCAGACCCGUAUUGCGGUCACGUGACCUGCUCUCAUUGGCCGCUGCUCUCCAAUUGGCUGACAGCUUCACUGAACAUGAACACACCUGAAAGAUUUGAGCUUCAGUCCGACUCUUUAUGGUCGACAUCAGCAGACGAAGAAAGAAGAGUGAUGGGUCAGACUGACAGCUCUGUCUAUCCUCAGGUGGUACUGAUAGGUUUGGAUUCGGCGGGGAAGUCAACUCUCUGGGCCAGACUGCUGACAGGACAGGUUGUGGAAACGUCUCCAACCGUUGGAUUCAACGUUGGAUCUCUGGAGUUGGACAAGAAGACCUCUCUGACUGUUUGGGACGUUGGAGGACAGAAGAGCAUGAGAGCCAACUGGAGAUACUACCUGGACGACUGUAAGGCUCUGGUGUUUGUGGUGGACAGCAGUGAUCCGGCCCGACUACCAGAGGCCCAGAAGGUCUUAAAGAGGGUCCUCAAUGAGGGGAAGCUACAAGGAGUUCCUCUAAUGGUUCUGGCCAACAAGAAGGACCUCGCAGAUUCUAUGACCAUCCGAGAGAUCUCCAAUCAGCUGGAUCUCCAGAGUUAUGACGACCGUCUUUGGGAGAUUCAGGCCUGCAGCGCACUGAAGGGCCUCGGCCUCCUGCAGGCCUUCAUGUCCAUCAGCAAGCUCAUCAAGAAGUCGUGAAGGGGGGAUCAAAACUAACCAUGUCAUUCACAAUAGUUACUGUAUAUAUUUAAUGGAACUUAUAAUGAAACGUGUGAAGAUAAAAUAAUAAAUAUGAAGACUAUU